CGGAGCCGGAGCCGGAGCCGGAGCCGCAGCGGGAGCCGCAGCCGGAGGGGCGGGGGCGCCGGCGGCAGCGGGGGCCCGGAGGCCCGCACCCCUGCGGGGAGCCGCGAGCCCACCCUGCCGAGAUGUGAUAGUAAAGAGAAGACUUAAUAACCAAGAUGGUUUGGAACCAGAAUGCUUCCCUGGUGAGACCACAGAACCUGUAUCUCGUGGUGUGUAUCAGCUUCGUGUUUGGCGUGUCAUCUGCGUUUCCUGAUUUGUCGGAUAAAUUUUGCACUUUCAAGGUGACUUUUCGAAAUUUCCGGCUUAUCUUAUCAUGGGAAUUAAAAAACCAUUCGGUUGUGCCAGAUCGCUAUACAUUACGGUACACGGUCAUAAGUAGACCAGACCAGGUGAAGAUUGUUGAGCACUGUUCAAAUACCACAGCAUCAUCUUGUGACCUAACAGACGUGUGGGAGGUCCUGCCUGAGACCUACUCCAUCAGAGUUGAUGGAUUCAGAGGGAACACAACGCUGGUCCAGUGUAGCAGCUAUUUAUUCCUGGUAACACACAUGUCUUUGGAACCACCAGAGUUUGAUAUUGUUGGCUUUACCGACCACAUUAAUGUCCUAGUGAAAUUUCCACCUGUCAUUCCCAAGAUACUAGGUGGAGGAGUAUUAAAGUUUUACUUAUCACUCAUCAUCGAAGAACAGUCAGGGAACAUUGUCAAAAAGCAUAACCCCGAACUAAAUGAAAACAUCACUGGAAAUUUCACUUACGUCAUCGACAAGUUACUUCCAAACACCAACUACUGUGUAUCUGUUUACUUUAAACCUAGAAAUCUGGGAGCAGUACAUAGAUCUCCAGUAAAAUGUAUCCUCCUUCAGCCUGGACAAGAAACAGAGUCAUCAGAAUCUGCCAAAAUAGGAGGAAUAAUUACUAUGUUUGUAAUAGCGGCUGUCAUCGUAAUCACCAUAAUAAUACUGAAACGUGUUGGUUAUAUAUGCUUAAGAAAUCAUUUCCCCAAAGUUUUGAAUUUUUAUAACUUCUCAACCUGGGUAUUCCCUGAGAUGCCACCAUUAGAAACAGUGGCUUUCGUGGAGGUGAUUCACGUUAACAGGAAGAAGAAAGUGUGGGAUUAUAAUUAUGACGACGAGAGUGACAGCAAUGAUGAUACAGCAACCCCUCAGACAAACGCAGGUGGCUAUACCAUGCAUGGACUGGUGGGCAGGCUUCUGGGUCCAGCCUCUGCCUCCUCGGCCACCCCGGAGGACUGCAUGGAGCCGGACGCUGAGGAACCUGACCCGUCGGAGCCUGACACUGACAUUGACACUGAGCCCCUGGUGCCAUCUGGGCCCAGCCCGGGGCAGUCAGAAGGCACAAGUGGGGCCUAUGAGUGCAGAGGGAAGCAGCUCCAGGACCCCAUUACCGAGGAGGACAGCUGGUCCACUGGAGGGUCUGGGGACAAAAUUACCUUCAAUGUAAACCUAAGUUCUGUUUUCAUGAGGGUCCUCGAUGAUGACUUGGAGGUCCCUCCAGGGCUACCAAGUUUUCCAGAAGAGACAUACAACCUACAGGAGUCCCACAGACUGGAAACGAGUUCGCUGGCGGCCAACGGGGAAGGGACACAGCCCCUCUUCCCCACCCCCUCUGCAGAGUGCCAGUGGCCUGAAGAUGUUCUUUCUGAUGAAAGUGACAGUUCUGAAUCAGAUGUUGACAUCGGAGAUGGCUAUAUAAUGAGGUGAACCCCCAAAUAUUUCCAUGGACUGACAGAUACCUCCAGAGUUUCCCUCCAUGCACUGUCACUUGCUCCUUUGUGGUUUGCAAGUGUUCCCGCAGGGAUGGUGUUGGAGACCAAGGUGGGCGCUCAGGGUUCCUGGUGAUGUCGUCUAUGCAAAGUUCAUGCAAAUUACCAGCCUGGGAGGAGAGUCUGGAAUUCUAGGACUAUUCAGCGCAAGUCCCAUUGUUUACAUGUCCCAAGUGAUGCACUUUGAAGGGGAAAUGCCCUGUCCAGUCCCUUUACUCUCCUGCCUUUAUGUUUCUGCAUCCUAUCUCCCAGAGUAAGGAGCAGGCUUCCCUGGGGUUUGCAGGGGUGGUCCAGGGCCCUACAAGAUUUCUGGGAAAUCAUGAAAUUGGCCAGGGUGGGAGUGGGGAGAGAAAAGGUAGACGCUUAGCGUGGUUGAUAGAGGGAGCAAUCAGCAGUGUUGAGUCCAGCAGGCUCAAGGAAGGAGCCAGAAGGCAGGCCAGAAAAGAGAAGGAAGGGAAGGUAGCCAGAGAGAAAGGAAGGGGACCUACAAAGAAACAAAAGCACAGGUUCCAAUUUGGAAAUAGGGAAGGUCCUGCCCAGUCUUGGGCUCCUCCCAGAUGUCACAUUCUGUCACCUACACUCAGAGAAUUGCACCCCUGGCCAUUUGUCCAGAUGGCCUCAACUGGAGUCUGGAAGAACUCCAGUCUGGAGGAAGACAAACUCACACACAGAAAUAACUCUAGUAUCUGGCAGGUGACUAAUAGGAGACAUUUGCAUGAGGGAGAGGGGUAGAGACUCAGAGCCAAACUGUAAGAUAAAAAAAAAAAAAAAAAAAAAGAGCGAGAGAACAAAUGCAAAAUUGUUUCAAGGUCUUCAGAAGAAAUUAGGCAUAAAAUUCCCAGAGAUCCUAUUUAACAAUUUAAGAAGCGCUGUGUGCACUGAUUCCACAUGUCCUGUGUGUGACCACAGUUCCUGUGGAUGGUGGGGAGGGGGAAGGGAAGUCCCAGAACAUCAUGGAGCAAACCAGAUAAGAACUGGGACUCAGGUCUGACUCAGCUGCUAUUUCCCUGUGGGACCCUGGGUACUUUGCUUUGCCUCUCUGAGCCUGUUUCUUCAUUUAGGAAGUAAGGGGAUUGGACUAGGUCAUCUCCAAGAUCCUGUGGUGCUAGGAGAAAUAUUCAAACUACACAGGGUUGAAGACUCCGGUGAAGGUGCUGCAACCCUGAGAGACCCCUCACAAGGUGAAUCAACUGUGUGGGACCUCCUGUCUCGCUCCCUUCGCCCCAAGAGCCAACUUCUCAGCCCUUUCUUCUAGAUCCAUCCCAAAGGGGAAAAACAAUUAUGAGUCCUAGUUCAAGGACUUUGAAGAGACUACUAUUUCUACAACUGUUCUCAGUAGGAAAGGGACUUUGUCGUGUAGAGUCCAUUUCUCUGCCCUCUAAGUCAUCUAUCAUAUUUUGAAAGAGUUCCAGAGUGGUCCUUUGGAAUACCCUUUAUAUGGCUGCUUUUCUGUGUGUGUUUCCAUUUUGUAUCCUGGUCUUCAGUGGGUGAAGGAUAAUAAAUACUUUUUAAUACAUACUGGG